AUGGCAGGCGUUUCCCUGCAGGAGGUUCUACCGUCGGACUCGGUAUCCUCAACGAGUAUCCCAAUGACCCCUCAGUCACAAAUCUCCGACCCGUUUGAACCGUGUGCAUCCACCGCCUCUCUGUUUCUAUACGCGCAGGGUCCAGUAAUACUAUCUCUCCAUCAUGACACCUUGGCAGUUGAACGUCGCUUCACGCAACAUGGCGAAAACAUCGAUUUUAUUUCGGUGGACAACGUGAGUGAGAGGGGUGCGGGCAGAUUGGUGGUCAGCUAUGAUGUUGGCCAAACGGCCAUCGUCUGGGAUCUGUUCACAGGCUCUGAGAUUGCGAGGUUCGCAUCAUUCGAGCAUCUGCGUGUCGCAGCAUGGAUGCGCAACGGAACGGUAGCAUUUGGCAACGGAAAGGGAGAGAUCAUCUUAUUCGAGCCUUCCACCUCGGAGCACAAAUCAAUUUCCACAAUCUCUGAUCCCAUAACGGCUCUGGCGCCAUUGGCAGAUUGUCAGACGCAUGCGAUUGGGUAUCAAAACGGUUCGAUUCUUUUAGCAACGCUGCAGCCUAAGUUUGCCAUCUUGCAUGCGUUAACUAUUCCAAGAGAUCCAUCACCAGUGGUCGGGUUGGCGUGGCAUGCUUCUUCGUCGAAGCAGAAGUCCGACAUGCUCGCGACCCAAACCGACGACGGAGAUCUGAGGAUUUGGAGCGUAUCCAAGCCACCGGGAAACGAUGCCCCAAGAGUAAUUCGAGCUCUCAGGAGAUCAGAGAUUUAUUCUCUGGGUCCGAAAUGGAUCGCGUGGUCCAAAAAUGGGAGGGUUGUACAGUAUAUGGACAGAGAAAUCUGGGCCUGGGAUGUCAGGACGAAACGCGUCACCUACGAACCUAUUCCAACCAUAGACGACAUUCGUGGAGUGGCUAACUAUGGCCCAACGGCGUCGUUGUUCACACUUGGACCGAACCAUACCGUCCAACAAUAUGAUCUCGAGUAUUUGGCGAUGGUGGCUAGUGUACAACAUGUGCCCAUUGAGAUGCCACCGCCGCUGGAAGUACCGCGACAAGCCUCGAAUUCGAACCCUAGUUUGCAGGCCCCUGCAGACAUAAAGGAAGAUAUACCCAACACCAGACAGAAACAACAUGAAGUGGAUCCCAUUAUCGGGGCACCCGAGAAACGCGCACAAACCGCGAGUCCAGGAUCGACCAAAAGUCGAACGAACUCCAUGAGUUCCGGGGCCUCUUCCGGAGCAGGCCGUGGAGCUUUCUCGCCAAUCAGCAAAUCUGGGCGUAGCGGUACAACAUUCUCGUUGACCUCAGGUGGUAAUGGCCCGAUACCUCGACAGACCUCGACGUCGAUCGCUUACACAUCCUCCGUUUCAACGUCCUCAGCAACAGGCAACAGAUCUGGGUCUCGUUUGAAGAAUGAAGUCUUCCGAAGCCCUGUUGAUCAGCCGCUCGACGAUCUGUUCCCCUUUAUCCGCGCACGGCUUAAUGAUGUCCCCUACAAACAGCAACCCGCUCUUGACGAGGCUCAUCUUACCGCAGACGAUCUGCGCAAGCGGAUGCUAAGUCUGGUGUUUGGGUGGGAUAAUGAUAUCGAGGAGCUAAUACGUGCUGAAUUGGAUCAACAUGUUCCCAAUAGCCGGAACGCAAUUCUCUUGUCCCGUUGGCUCGGAAACGUCGACCCGGACCAGACGACAUCCAUGAUGAGUAGCGGAUCGAUAUCAGCGACUGACUGGAUGCUGUUGGCUCUCAGCCAGAUGAGUGGCCAAGCACAAAGCAACAAAAUAGGACAGGCGUUCGUCCAAAGGUUGCUCGAAUCGGGAGACAUACAUACGUCCGCUACUAUACUACUGGGCCUGGGAGACAGAAACGACGCCAUUGAGGUCUAUGUGUCCCGCAACAGGUUCCUGGAAGCGAUCUUGAUGACUUGUUUGUUGAUGCCUUCAGAUUGGCAACGGCAGUCGUACCUCGUCCGCCGAUGGGGAGAACACGUCGUCCAGGACUCCCGACAACUGGCAAUCCGCUGCUUCAUGUGUACUGGCGUAGAACCGUCAGACCCUUGGACAUCGCCAUCGGCACCUCAAGUCGACACCUUUCCCAACCUUCAUGAACAGAAGCUAUCGAUAGAAACGGCGACAGACAAGAACGGACCGCCCAGCAAGACACAGACACCAUCCGAAAAUAACAGCAGAUUGACAGUGAAGAAUUCUCCUCUUAAGCUGAUUACGUCUUUUGGCCCUCAGGGAAAUUCAUCAUUCAGGUUUCCGGGCCUGAAAUCCGACGAUGGAACCCCCACAAAUGCACCUGGGAUCACUCCUAUAGCGGAGUCUGCUGUUGGAGAAUCGGCCUUUUCUCCGGGAGGCCUUGGCCAUUUCAUACCGAAAAGUGCCCGAAGCCUGGAUGCUACAUUGUCAGCAAGGACAGUUACUCCCGGUGGCUACGCGAGACGGCGUCUUCCUUCAAUCGGCGAAACACCUAUUGAUGUCCAGCCCCCAGCUUUCCCUCCGCCAAAAUCGCUCCCGACACCCGUUGAUUCUGGCUCUGACAAGGAGAAAGCUGACAAAUCUGAUGGUGACGAUGGAUUACGGAAAAACCAGGUCAAAGAAGGUUCCCAACAAGACAAGAAACCCCAAGAGGAGCCCUUGCUCCUGCUACCCUCGGUGAGAUAUGAACCCGGUAAAGAGACAAUUGAAAGAAGUCCCCAAACAGCUGUGCAAACGACCGCCAAAGAAAGUGGAACCAUGGAGCGCUCAUCAUCUCCCCCAGUGGCUGUUUUGGACAUCCAGAUCGAGUCACCAGAAAACAGUAAUGACUUCCAGUCGCAAAGUGACCUCCAGAGCAAUGAGCCAUUCCGACAAGUUGAUUACAGCUCUGCAGAUACUGGCGUCCCUCACUCCCAGACCCCAUUCCAAUACCAGUCUGAUGCCACCAGUGACGCGAGGAGCCCUGCUUCCACACUGCAUAGCUACAGAUCUAUGAAGAGCCCAAGCAUCAGCGGCCGGAGUCUGGACCAAUACAUCAGCAGUCUCGAUGAAGCAAAUUAUCACGCAAGACACAGGGCCCAAACUCCUCGCGGCAGACGGAAUACGGAUGCCGAUGGUUCUAGUCGUGUUCCAGGAAGGCAGCGGUCUGCUUCUCGUGAAGCUCGGGGACGGACUGAUGAUCGACCCGUCCUACCCCCACCGAGAUCUCCAUCCUCCCCGGUCUUCAUGUCACUGGAUAAGUUCUCUCGAUAUAACACGAGCACUGACAGCUUCGAGGGUACAUAUGGCGCCAGAAGCGACAUCAGCAAGCCCAGGAGCAGAAGCAGAUUAAGGAAUGGAAGUUCGCGGAUACGGACUUCUUCUACAGCAGAGAGACGCCACCGUUACCCAUCCAAGAACAAGGGAUCAAGCCGUAACAGGAGCCGUCAAAGCAGUCGGGAUCCUCCCGGUCGCAAUCGCAGUUCCGAGAGGGAUGCGUUCGCCUUUACACUUCCAGCGCGUCCAACAUCGCCUUCCGUGCAAGAUAGCAAUGCGCGGCUUGAACCCCAUUUCGAGGAGAGUCUCCGUCUGGUAAGUAUCGACAGGGAACGUCGACAAUCUCGACAUCGAAGUUCCAGUCGUCGUCCUGAACGGGGUACGAGCGCUCGCAGAGAGACGUCUCCAGAUAGAAGACUGCCGAUACCGAGAUCUGGCAGCCCCCAGCCACGAGAGCGUGAUGCUAGCAUUCGAAGAGACUUGGAUCGACGUACUAGGGAGAGGUCGGUUGAUAGCCGCUGGCAAAUCCCUUCGGAUGGAGUCAGUGGUGGUGAAUCUCGCAGACCAACUCCUGCUCCGCGGACCGCUAAAGGAAGUGCUCUGGAACGGACAAGGAAAGAGCUGGCUGCGGCGGAAUUAGAGGCCAGACGUCUCUCGCUCGCUCGUCGACCUUCUGCACCCAACAUCCCCCUCCCGGGAGAGAUCCACCAUACUAAGAGCGCCUCUGAUAGUCCUCCCUUCACGGCCGGCUCCUUCAAUCAGCGUGCUCAGGCGAAGAGUAGGACGGGGACAAACAAUAGCUCCCCUGAGUACCCCAACAGUUCAGAUUCCGGCUCGUCGAAGAGAAGCUCUGGAGUUCCCAUUGGAUUACCUGCUACCCCGAAAGCAAUGCGACUACCGAAAUACAGCAGUGAUCUCCCACCUGAUGCACCUGCAGUCCCCGAGAUUUCCGAUGAUGCAGCCACUUCUCCUGGUCCAACUUCCCCGGACCAGCCAGAAAGGCUCGGGCGCUCCAGAUACGCUCCUAGCGAGAAGUUCGAGAUUGGCAUUCCCGCGGAUCUCCCCGCGCAUCCAUAUUAUAAACCGGAGAUUCCCCGCAGCAGGUCCACUAGCAGAACAAGAUUCCCUGGGCAUUACCGCCAGAACUCCAGAGAUUGGGGAGUCCAUGGCAGUCCAACAUAUGGGUCUUCUCCCUCCGUUACCGUCAGCAUUGAAGAGACUCUUGCAAACUCCAUGCAGGAAGCAGGAUCAACCGAUGCCCAAAAUCCUCCUCUCAUUCCCGAGCUACAGCACCUGAAUCAGCCUCUCCCUCCACCCCCAGCGCCGGGUUCCCGAGAGGGACAGUCACCCCAGAAUUCCACUGGUACGAUCGACAUCGCCAUUGAUAAUGACAUCCUGGCCAAGUCAUUUCCCCGUGCUAUGACUGCAGCACCAACGAUGACUGCGGAUAGUAAACCUACGCGUGAACAGCGCCGCAUGUCCUUCGACCAUCGCCGGGGCAGAAGUAUCAAUGAAAGUUUCGCGAGCAAGAUUCGCAACUUUACGGACCGGAUGCGCAGCACGAGUCGAAACCGCUAUGCACGAUCACCGCCAGUCGACUCGUCAGAGCAAGUGUCUCCUUAUGAAAGUAUACAGAUCACCUCGUAUGACAACCGGCUUUAG